AUGGAUCCAAGAAAAUCCAAAUAUCCGCCUAUUUCGAUUUUUGAUAAAAAUUCAUUAAAUCAACAAUGUCAAGCCACAUCUAAUAAUUUUCAAAAUACAAGUCUUUCAAGUUCUUCUAUUAAAGCCGUAAUAGAUAAGAAUAAAUCACCUAAAAAUAAAAACUCUAAUAAUUCACCCACAACUUCAAACCAAUAUAUUCUUCAAAGUGAAUCUAUAUCAAGACAAACAAAUCUUGAAUCACAAAGAUCAUCGACUUUGUUAGGGUUUUCUGACGGUGAGAUAUCAUCACAAGAAGACCAUGACCCAUAUACGACAAAAAUUGGUGGAAAACCGACAUGGUUACGCAAAACGCAUCCUUUAUCACAUGACGUUAUUAUCUGUAAGAAUUGUGAUAAAGAUAUGUUUUUGCUGUUUCAGGGUUACGUGCCUUUGGAGGGUUCCGUUUAUGAUAGAGUGAUAUAUGUCUUUGGAUGUAACCAACAAAAAUGUAUGAAAAAAAGUGGAAGUUUUCGUGCAUUUCGGGCACAUCGAAAAGAUGAAGAUUAUGAGAGAAAAUAUCAACAAGUGUGGAUAAAUAAACAAAGGUCAAAUGAAAAGGUCUAUGAUAAUUCUUCGACUCGAUCGUCCAAUGUUAUAAAUGGAGGGUUAGGUGAUAUGUUAUUUGGAAUUAUAGAUUUUGAUAAUUCAAAUGACGUAAAUGAUAUGCAGGUUCUUGCCGUUGAUGGUGAAGAAAAGGUUUUAAAGAAAGAGGAGAAAUUAGAAAGGGUUGAUAAAGUGAAAGAUUAUGAAGAUGAAUUGUCUCAACAAGAAAUCAAGAAAAAGGUGACAUAUGAUACAAGAAGGCAACCUUCUUGGAGUCAGGUCAUUUCUGAUGCGGAAAAGGCACGAAAUGAGAAGAGUCAAGUGUCAAGAAAGAGGGAUGAUGAUGAAGGUGUAUCACAAAUCGCUGUUGAUAUGUCUAUGAUGACCUUAAAUACAAGUUGGCCCGAGCAUAUUAAAUCAUUUGCGGCACAAUACCUGUGUAUCACUGAGGAAGUGUUGGAAGAGAAAAAAAUUGAUGAUAGUUUUAAAAAGCACUGGUCAUACGAAGAAGUCCAGGACUUUAUGGAUAGGGAUCAAGAAAAGGAUAAUUUUGAAUGGUCUGGAGAGAAAUAUGAAAAAGCAACCUUACCAAAAGGUUAUGAUAAAACAUUUCAAAAAUUUUCUGAUCGUGUAGCGGAAUGGCCUGAACAAUGCGUAAGGUACCAAUUUGAUGGUCAGCCAUUAUUAUACACGCGUGGUGAUGAAACUGCAAAGCUACUACUUUCCAAAAUCGAUGAUCGUAGUGAUAAGAUCACAACGUCAAAAUUACCGGUUUGUCGUUGGUGUGAAUCCAAACGAGUUUUUGAAUUACAAUUGAUGCCAAGUAUGUUAUCCAUUUUAUCUACUAGUUUAUUUAUUGAUGGAGACGAUGAAGGUUCAGAUAAGAAAAGUAUAUUUAAUCUCGGUAUGGAAUGGGGAACCAUUAUGAUAUUUACCUGUAAGAAUGAUUGUGAAAAAAUUGGCGUUGGAUCUAAUGAAGUUUCUUAUUAUGAAGAGGUUGUUAUGGUUCAGUAUGAGUUAUGA